AUGAGUACAUUAGAUUUACCCUCAAAGAAAUUAUUUAUACAAGAAGUUAAAGAACAUUAUAUUAAAACUAAACCAUCACAACAUCCAGUUAGUGUUUGGGUACAAGGCACUGUUAUAGAGAACAAUGAUAAUUGUAGUCAGCAAGUAAUUGAUGAUGGAACUGGUAUAAUACAAGUUUUAGGCAAUGAUAAAAUACCAAAUUGUCCUAAAGUUAAAAAAGAUACUGGUAUUCAUAAAUUACAAGGCAGUCAGACAGACAGACAGUAUGCAAUGAUAACUGGUAUUGUUAUAUUUUGUAGGAGAGACAGAGAGACAGACAGACAGUAUGUAAUGAUAACUGGUAUAGUAUUAGAUGUAGAAACUACACCAAUAUUACGAGCUAUUAAAGUACAAGAUUUAUCAGCUAAUUCUAUCAUGGAAACAAUGUGGAUACUGGAAGUAAUUGAUCAAACUUUGACCUGUUCCUCCUGA